GAAUUUCUUCCCCCUUCUCCCUCAAUUUUUCGAAUGCCCCCUAAAGCUGAAGGCUCCUUUUUUAUAAACAAAGGGAAAAACCCAAUCCUAAUAUGCUUCUAAUAUCCAAUCCAAAUCCUUAAGAUAAUGACCCAAUCCUAUUUGGAAUGGGAUUUCUUAGUUUUUCCCACAUCUACCCCCUUUCAAGUCUAGAUUCAUACCUUUUAUGCUUAGAACUCCCCUUCUUUGAAUCAAUCUUGAACUCUUCUUCCAUGACUCUUGAUGAUGACUUUCAAUCUCUGAAAAUUUCUUCAAAACUCAAGUGGAUUUAGGGAUGAGCCAAUGAUUUUUCCUGUUUGAGAAUGGCUAGUGGCAGAGUAGCAAGAUAAGCUUUUAGGCGGCUAGGGUUCCCAGGAUUUACCUUUAUUUCAACCUAUAAGCAAAACCGCAUUGUUUUGCUAUUUUUUCCCUUUGGCUCUUUAGGUUUCAUUUUUUUAUAAAAUGGUCCAUUAACU